CUCCCUGCCACUUGGAGAAACUGCUGAAGUCUGACUCACGUGUGCUGCACUUCUUUAAAGGUCUUCGGGUCACAUGGUUGAAUCGAGGUGAAGCUGCUGCAGGUGUGAGGAGUCGCAGUGUAUAUAGAUCGGCAUCAACGUCACAGCACUGGUACAAGAAUGGAUCGUCUUGCUGAGCAUCUCGAAAAAAUCACAGAUUUAUGUAGCGGCAGCCGGAAUGAAUUUCCUGAUGAGUUGAGAAUUUGCCUGGAAACCGCUUCUAAUAUUGUAGCUGAACUGAGAGCAAAGCAAGGAUGUGCUGAUGGAGCCUGCAGAAAUGUUUCAAAACAAGCUACCCAAAAUUGGCAAUGUACAGGUAUUGAUGCUUACAAGAUGCUUGCACAUCUGACUAGAACCAAAAACAUCCUUUCCCUGGGCAGCUGCUUCACUUCCAUAGCACUUGCCAUGACAAAUGUUAUACCCCAGGAUGGAAAGAUAGUUCUCUGCUUAGCCAAUCCCUCACCCCAGGAUUUUCAAGACCAUUCCCUACAGGCCAGGAAGAUACAAAGAAAAGUUGGAGAAACCUGCGACAUUUUGAAGGAGUUGGCCGCUUCAGGCGAGCAAUUUGACAUGGUGUUUAUCGAUGCCACCGAGCGCAGUCAUAUAAACUAUUACAACCUGAUUAUGAGCAGCAAUAUGCUAAAAAUGAACGGUGUGAUCUGCGUGCAAAACGCAUUUGUGAAAGAGCAUCAUUCUCGGGAAUUCAUGGCUGAUGAGGAGGGAUCUGCUGCGGCCAGGAAAGUGACAGAAGUAAUUAAUUCCGACCCGUCGUUGGAGCAGGUGACUUUACCCAUAGAUGGUUCCAUCAUUGUUGCAAGAAGGAGAUUUGUUCCUCCAUCUGGAGAUGUGAAGGAUGUCAUUGUAAAGGACGAUGUGUUCUGGGGCUAUAAAGGUCUUCCUAUUUUGGACCGAAUGCGAUUGGAUGGAAAGGUGGCUUAUGUGACUGGUGGAGGUCAGGGUAUUGGCAGAGCCUUUGCACAUGCUUUAGGGGAAGCAGGAGCCAAUGUUGCCGUUGUAGACCUGAUGCUUGAAAAAGCAGAGGCUGUUGUCUUUGAACUACACCUAAAGGGAAUAAAAUCGGUUGCCAUAGCAGCGGAUAUUAGCAAAGAAGAAGAUGUGAAAAGGAUUGUAGAUACAAUUGUGACUAAUUGGGGGAGAAUUGACAUAGCAUGUAAUAACGCUGGGAUUAAUAUGAAUUCGGCGAGCGAAGAUACCACGUUGCAAGAGUGGGACAAAACAUUCAAUGUGAACCUGCGGGGCCUUUUUAUGUGCUGUCAGGCUGCGGGCCGCGUAAUGCUGAGUCAAGGAUAUGGCAAGAUAAUUAAUACAGCGUCUAUGGCAAGUUUAAUAGUCCCUCACCCCCAGAAGCAGUUAGCGUACAACACAUCCAAAGCCGGGGUGGUGAAGUUGACUCAGACUUUGGGAACAGAAUGGAUUGACAGAGGAGUAAGGGUUAACUGCAUAUCACCGGGCAUCGUCGACACUCCGCUCAUCCACUCGGAUGCUUUAAAACCACUUGUUCAGCGUUGGUUGAACGAUAUUCCUGCUGGAAGAUUGGCUCAAGUAACAGACCUGCAGGCUGCCGUCGUCUUCUUGGCAUCCGAAGUCUCUGAUUAUAUGACAGGCCACAAUUUAGUCAUUGAAGGAGGCCAGAGCCUUUGGUAGAACAGAGAAAAGGGUCCCUUUUCAUUCAAAGAAACCCCAAGAUGUCUGAUUCAAAGAAACCCCAAGAUGUCUGAUUCAAAGAAAUCCCAAGAUGUCUGAUUCAAAGAAACCUCAAGAUGUCUGAUUCAAAGAAUCCCCAAGAUGUCUGAUUCAAAGAAAUCCCAAGAUGUCUGAUUCAAAGAAACCCCAAGAUAUCUGAUUUAAAGAAAUCCCAAGAUGUCUGAUUCAAAGAAACCCUAAAAUGUCUGUUGCUGUUGUGUUUACGGGAAUAAAAUAGGAUUAUAA